AUGGCGGCCGGCGGCUUGCUGGAGGCCGGCCUGGCCCGGGUGCUCUUCUACCCGACGCUGCUGCACACGCUGUUCCGCGGGAAGAUCCCCGGCCGCGCACUGCGCUGGUACCCCCACAUCGACCACGCGGUGCUGCUGGGCGCGCUGCCGCUGCGGAGCCUGACGCGCGGGCUGAUUCAGGACGAGAACGUGCGCGGGGUGAUCACCAUGAACGAGGAGUAUGAGACGGGGUUUCUGUGCAACUCCUCGAAGGAGUGGAAAAAAGUAGGUGUCGAGCAGCUGCGGCUCAGCACAAUCGAUAUGACCGGAAUCCCAACCUUGGUUAACCUCCACAAACGAGUCCAGUUUGCUCUCAAGUACCGAUCGCAGGGUCAGAGUGUCCACGUGCAUUGUAAAGCUGGGCGCUCUAGGAGUGCCGCUAUGGCAGCAGCAUAUCUUAUUCAGGUGAGCAACUGGAGUCCAGAGGAGGCUGUAAAAGCUAUCAGCAAGAUCCGGUCCCACAUCCACAUCAGACAUGGCCAGAUGGAAGUUCUCAAAGAGUUCCACAAGGAGAUUACUGCAAAGGCACCAAAGGAGGAGACUUAUCACACAUCGCAGACAUGAAGCACGUGGAAAGAAAGAAGACAACCCCGCUCACUACAGAAAAAGUUUAACAGGACCAU